AAUGCAAACAAGCAAGUGGAAAAGAAUAAACUACCGAAACCUAAUGCAAGGCAGCACGCCAAGGAAAGGAAGGUCACUUCCAAAGAAAAAUGCAGAGAUGAAAAAAUCUUCGGUGACGAAAGAUCCAGUGCGACUUCCGAAAGUUGACAUCAUAACGGUAGAAUCGCAAACUGGUACACUGUAGUCCAUUGAAUCCAUUGAGUCGUCAAUUCAUUCUUGCAAAGCUCAUGACUUGAUCUAGGGACUGAGUAGGGUGACGAGUCCAGUCGUAAAACAACCGCCGAUCCAAAAGGUUCAACUUGAGGUCAUCGUGCAGUCUCUCGAAAAGGGGAGAGCCAAAGAGGAAAGAGUGGCUUGCAAAACGCUCUGAUUUUCCAUUGCAAAGAGGAGGGGUGGUCCCCCAAAUCUUGAGUACAGUAUCUUUGGUACGUAACUGCAAGUUGAUCCGACAAAGGUUGAAUUUCAGAAUGCUUUUGUGGGCUUUGCCACCUCCACUCCCUCCUCUUUUCUACGUUCGCACCUUGCCUGUUUCGACGUUUCGACCGCAGUUGCUCACAAUCUUGUCAAUACAGAAACUUACAACGACUUAACCAUGAAGACCGCCAUCAUCGCAUCCCUUAUCGCCGCCGCCUCGGCUUUCGCCCCUGCCAAGGAGGCCACCCGCACUUCGGUCAGCAUGAACGCUUUCGAAAACGAACUUGGAGCCCAAGAACCAUUCGGUUUCUUCGAUCCCCUUGGCCUUGUCGCUGAUGGUGAUGAAGAGAAGUUCAACCGUCUUCGAUAUGUUGAGAUCAAGCACGGACGUAUCUGUAUGCUUGGAGUUGUUGGAUACCUCCUCACCGACGGAGGCAGCCGUCUUCCAGGAUUGAUCUCCUACGACGGAACCACCUUCGCUGAUGUUCCUUCGGGAUUUGAUGCCCUCUCCGCCAUGCCCCAAUUUGGACUUAUCCAAAUCAUUGCCUUCAUUGGUGGCCUUGAAUUGGGUUUCAUGAAGGAUGUCGGUGUUGGUGAAUUCCCCGGUGACUUCCGCAAUGGAUACAUUGACUUCGGAUGGGACCUCUUCAGCGAAGAACAAAAGCUUGAGAAGCGUGCCAUUGAAUUGAACCAAGGACGUGCCGCACAGAUGGGUCUUCUUGGACUUAUGGUUCACGAGAAGUUGGGUGUCAGUGUCCUUCCCGAAGGAGCCGUUCACUAAGCUGUUUGCUUCAGGUCGAGCUGAGCUCUUGUAUAAAUACACAAUGCUAUAGACACUGAUUUUCAGCCAGCC